AUGGAGAGUAGUCCACUCAAACAGGUGUUAUUCGUGGGUACUAAGUUCCUGAUAAUCGCGGUCGUUUCUCAAACGCUGUGCUCCGUCGACGUUUCACCAGUAAAUUAUGAAUAUUCUACGAAGAUCUAUAACGUCGGCGUUCUUAUGGCCUCCCAUUUGAACAGUCCUUUCGACCUCGAGAGAUGUGGACCAGCAGUGGACCUAGCCUUAGCCGAAGUAAACGACUUCUUAAGUGUCCACAACGUGAAAUUGCGCAAGGUUCAAGGAAGUUAUCCGUCGUGCAGCGGAGCCGCAGCACCCGGCUUAGCAGCCGACAUGCACUUCGAGGACAACGUGAUAGCGUUUAUAGGUCCAGCUUGUGCUUUCGCCCUCGAACCUGUGGCCAGGCUAGCCGCCUAUUGGAACACUCCAAUCAUCACUGGAAUGGGUGACCAACCGCCAUCGGAGGGGGAAUUGUCAGUAACCUCGGGGAUUCUUGGCAGAAUCAAUAAAUGGAAAAACGAAAGCUCGGGAAUAUUCAAAGACAAGAGCAAGUAUCCAACGUUGACGAGGAUGUCCUAUUGUCAGUGUCGACUUCGUUUAGUGUUCUCCAGUAUAUUCAAAGAAUUCGGAUGGUCACACGUGGCGCUGAUAUUAGAUAGAUCGGAUUUGUUCUCGUGGACGGUGGGAAAGAAUUUGGAGUACGGUUUGAGGAAAGAAGGGCUGCUGAAAUUUGUGAGGGAAUUGGACGGGAACUCGGAAGAUGAAUCGUACCAUUUUUAUUUACGCGACGCCAGUAUGUACGCAAGAGUAUUGAUUCUGAGUGUGAGAGGGACUCUGGUUAGAAAAUUCAUGUUGGCAGCUCAUGAUUUGGAAAUGACGAGAGGAACAGUGUUCUUUUUUGUUUUAAAUAUAAAUCAGGGUUCUUACUGGGGAGACCACGAUUGGGAAGUCGGUGACGAGGACGACGCCAUUGCCAGGAAAGCCUACGAAGCGCUACUCAGAGUAUCCCUUUUGCAGCCAACUAGUCCAAGGUUUCAAGAUUUUGCAGAAAGUGUCCGGCUGAGGGCUCAGACCGAUUACAAUUACUCCUUCUCGGAAGGAGAAGAAGUGAAUUUCUUUAUUGGCGCCUUCUACGACGGAGUCUAUCUCCUCGGUAUAGCGUUAAACGAGACCCUUGCCGAGGGAGGCGACAUCAGAGACGGCAUAUCGAUAACGAGGAGGAUGUGGGAUCGGGACUUCAUUGGUAUUACAGGACACGUGAGAAUCGACGACAAUGGUGACCGCGACGCAGACUACAGUAUCCUGGAUUUAGAUCCUAUCACUGGAAGGUUUGAGGUAGUCGCACACUAUCUUGGUUUGAAUCGAGAAUACAGCCCAGUGACUGGGAAGAAAAUCCAUUGGCCUGGAGGCAGAGAAGGACCGCCAGCGGAUGUUCCUGAAUGUGGAUUUUUGGGAAACGAUCCAGCCUGUACGUCUAGAACCGAAGCCUACACCUUUGUUGCUUAUACCAGCUUAGCUUUGACCGUGUUCCUCCUCGUUGCUAUUACUGCAACUUGUGUAUUGUACAGGCACCUGAGACUGUCAGCUGAUCUGAACAACAUGUCCUGGAGGAUCAGACCUGAGGAGCUGCUUCUGGAAAUAGGGAAACCAUUUUCUUCGAAGAUCAAUCUGCAUCAAGCUAUAGCUGAGAAUUUCGGAUUGGAGCAGCGUAUUCGUCGAGGAUCGCAAUUUAGUUGCGAAUCCCUGCCCCCGACCACAGUGUUCACCACGGUUGGAAUUUAUAAGGGUGAGAGGGUGGCUAUUAAGAAAGUCACUAAGAAGAAGGUAGUUGACGUCACGAAGAAAUUGUUGUGGGAGAUUAAGCAAGUUAGAGAUGUCACUUCAGAAAACACCGUCAGGUUUAUCGGUGCUUGCCUCUGUUCCCCAUCGCCAACAGUCCUAAUUUUAACUGAAUAUUGUCCUCGAGGAUCUUUAAAGGAUGUUCUGGAGAACGAUGCUAUCAAGUUAGAUUGGAAUUUUCGAAUGUCUUUGAUCCACGACAUCGUCAAGGGGAUGUCCUAUCUUCAUGCCAGUGAAGUUUCUGCUCAUGGAAAACUUCGAUCUUGUAAUUGUCUGAUCGACGGUCGUUUCGUAUUGAAAAUUUCCGAUUUUGGACUUAAAACUCUCACCACGCCUUCUGACUUAAUUAUGGACGAUAAUUAUUAUACUAAACUACUUUGGAUCGCUCCGGAACUUCUACCUCUAACUGUGACACCCGGUAGCGCAGCGACUCAGAAAGGGGAUGUUUACAGUUUCGCGAUCAUUUUAGAGGAAAUCGUGGUUCGUGGUGGCCCGUACGAAUCUGUAUUGGAAAAUAGACAGACAAUCGUGGGCCACGUCGCAGCCUCAGAAACGCCGCCGUUUAGACCGGAAGUGACGCCGAAGGAUUGCCCGCUAGACAUUCUGUCUUUAAUGGAAAAAUGUUGGAACGAACUCCCCGAAGAACGACCAACCUUUCACACUAUACGUGGAAUUAUACGUGGUAUCAUGAAAGGUUACUGUGAAAAUUUAAUGGACGACCUAUUGAGGCGCAUGGAACAGUAUGCGAAUAAUUUAGAGGCCCUGGUGGAAGAGAAAACGGAGCAACUGAGUCUGGAGAAGCGACGUAGCGAAGAACUUCUUUACCAAGUGCUCCCAAGGCAGGUGGCGUGUCAGUUAAUGGCGGGAGAAUUAGUCCAACCGGAGCAAUUUGAGUGCGUGACAAUUUAUUUCAGUGAUAUAGUCGGUUUCACAGCCCUCUGUGCACAAAGCACACCAAUGGAGGUGGUAGAUUUCUUGAAUGAUCUCUACAGUACCUUCGAUCGCAUUAUUGAAUUCUACGACGUCUACAAGGUGGAAACUAUAGGAGAUGCAUACAUGGUGGUAUCUGGCCUACCAGAAAGAAACGGUGACGAACACGCGAGGGAAAUUGGCCUGAUGGCAUUGGCGAUCCUCGAUUCUGUACGUUCCUUCACUAUAAUGCAUAAACAAAAUGCACAAUUGAGCGUUAGAAUAGGGGUACACAGUGGACCAGUUUGUGCUGGAGUUGUUGGACAAAAAAUGCCACACUAUUGCCUGUUUGGCGACACUGUGAACACUGCGUCGAGAAUGGAAUCUUCGGGACUACCAUUAUGCAUACACGUGUCUGAGGCAACAAAAUGCAUACUGGAUAAGUUUGGAACAUUCGACCUUGAACUCAGGGGUGAAGUGGAACUAAAAGGGAAGGGAAGAGUUACUUCUUACUGGUUAAAAGGUUGCUCAGAGCCAGAUCCAAGACCACCAACUCCCAAAUACCGUAAGCAUAGCGUCAGUACACCAGAGAAUAAUCUGAACCCCCUAAUCUUCCCUCCCAACAACAUAAAUGGUCCGAAAACCAAUAACAAUACGUUCAUUAAUCUGUCUGAACUACAACAAACCGUGUAA